GACUCGGCUCGACGGCUCCACUGUUCUUCGACGCAUAGUACACAUUCAUUUCGCAUCGCGCUUUACCUCGAACGCGUGCUACGAACGCCGAACGCGCCACUCAUUCGCAACUUUUGGUUGAUAGUGUCGGUCUGAGUUAGAUUUGGUGGUAUACCAAGAAAAUUAAAUUGAAAAUUUAAAAAAAAAACAUUUUUUUCGUCGAAAAUUUUGAUAAGAAAUAACGGUGCAAAAAUUACUGCCAAAUUUAUUGAUUAACCGUUGGUGGCACAGUGGUGAGCGCGCAAAGCAGUGUAGACAUAUAGAAAUUUUUACUGUUCACAAAGUAGAAUUUCUUUCGAAUAUUAAUUAAUUACGUGUCGUUGUUGUUGCACUCAGAGGAAAUUAUAUAAAAUCAAAUUUGAAAUGCAGUCAACAAUCCUCGCUAGCGUUUUGGUGAUUCUAUUGGCCGUACAGCAGGGUGCCGCCAUCAAGUGUUACGUAUGCAACAGUCACAAGGAUGCCAAUUGCGCACUGGACAUACCGCCAGAACAUUUACUCAAGGACUGCGAAGAGGAUUAUUCGACACGCGGCAAAGGUAUACCGACCUACUGUCGCAAAAUCUCGCAAAUCAUUGAAUUCUCAGUAAAUAACUUACCACCAGACAGUCGCGUCAUACGCUCUUGCGGUUUUCUGAAUCAAACAUCUACCAAUUACUGUUACCAACGCGCCGGUUUUGGUGGUCGCCAAGUGGUCUGCUCCUGUGACAAGGACAAUUGUAACGGUGCUGGCGCGCUCAACCUGUCCAUCGGUGUGAUGUUCGCCGCUGCUGCCGCCAGCGGUUGGGCUGUGCUAUCACUGCUGAAACGUUCAUUGGUUUAAAGCGCCAUUUUUGUUUGAGUCUUGCAAAAAACAAAAACAAUUUUUUCAAAUAUUUCACUCAACACUAGCUUGGCUUGUUACACAUACAGACAAACAGACAGAAAUAUGUUUUUUUGUAUUAAUUUUUUGUUCGUGCGGUUAAUAUGAUGUGAUGUAUUGUUGUUGUUGUUAUUUAGCUUAUUUACAUCAAACUUUAUUUGAAAUGCUUGCGCUGCAUAUUUAUUAUUUACACAAUUUCGUCACAAAAUAUAUGUAAUUUCAAUAUAUGCUAGGUGCAUA